AUGGAGAACGCCUCAAGGACUCGAGAUGAAGGAUUGCAUCAAUACUCAGUUUCCCAGCUGAACGGUCCUUCUGCAGUCAACCGCAGAACAGCCAAAGUUAUCGGCUCUACCUUCCAGCUUGACACUCGUUACGAAAUUCUCGACACACUUGGAAGUGGUGCCUAUGGCGUUGUCGUCUCAGCACGCGACACUGUCACAGGUGAGCUCGUCGCAAUAAAAAAAAUCGAAAAAGCCUUCGAGCACUCCACAUUUACAAAGCGAACCUUACGAGAACUGAUUAUCCUCAGACUUUUGAACCAUGAAAACAUCAUGAGAAUCAAAACAAUUCAGUUGCCACUUUCUCGAGAAGAUUUUGACGAAAUUUAUGUAGUCAACGAACUCAUGGAAACUGACUUGAGUUCCAUUAUAAAGAGUCCUCAGCCACUGUCUGACGAACAUUGCCAGUUCUUUUUGUAUCAAAUCCUUAGAGGGCUGAAGUUUAUGCACAGUGCAUGUAUUUUACAUAGAGAUUUGAAGCCGAGAAACUUAUUGGUGAAUUCUAAUUGUGACUUAAAAAUAUGUGAUUUUGGGUUGGCAAGACCGAAUAUGAAGGAACUGAAAGUAACUUCUACACAAAUGACAGACUAUGUAGCCACAAGGUGGUAUAGGGCUCCUGAGGUCCUGCUUACUUACAAAAAAUACACACCUGCCAUGGACAUGUGAUCAGUUGGGUGCAUUUUUGGAGAACUUUUGUUGAGAAAACCGAUUUUACCUGGAAAUGAUGCAAACCACCAAUUAGAAUUAAUUUUCAAUUUACUUGGGACUCCUUCUGACAAAGAUAUAGCCAGCAUCCCUCAUCCUCGCUCCCGCGAAAAGGUCAUGAGAAUGCCAAAGCGGCCUGCAAAGUCCUUUGAAGCCACUUUUCGUAGCGCAAACCCAGAUGCUCUAGAUCUACUAAAGAAAAUGCUCACAUUUAACCCUGAUGAGCGUAUCAAGGUAGAAGACGCUUUGGCGCACCCUUACCUUGCUGCCUUGCAUUUCCCUGAUGACGAGCCUACCUGUGACCCAGUUUCUCUCUUUGAUUUUGAGUUCGAAAGACAAGUCCUGACCAUGACGGACCUGAAAAACCUGAUUUACGAAGAAAUUUUAUUGUAUCAUUUCCAAGACAAAAAAGAACAGUAUGAGAAGGCGAGAAAGGACUAUGACAGACAGCUGCAUUUGCCUGGCAGAAGAAUGUCGAGGGACAGAGAAGAAAGUGAUGAAGAGGAUGAGCUAAAUUAG